AUGUCAAAGAAAGCAACGAAAAAGAAGAACGUACCGGCGGGCUCGUCGACCGACAGCAGCGAUGCGGACGUGAUAACCCCGUCGGGGCUGGAGGCUCCCGUUCCCCCGAUGGACAUGGAUGGUGGGGAGCCUCCGCGGGAGGAGGACGACCCGAACAACGAAGAUGAACCAAGCCCGCCUCGCCGAGCUGCGCUGCUCUAUCUGCCGGGGCACGUUCGUCUUCCCCUCCACGCUGAGCUGUGGACACUCGUUCUGCCUUCGGUGCCUGGAGGCCGCCUGGGAGACGGCGAGCAGCUUCAGCUGCCCGCAGUGCCGAGCGACCUUCCCUGUGCGACCCCAGGAGGAGCUCAGAGCCAAGAAGGAGGAAAGAGAGGAGAAGAGGAACACGGAGGCAUCACGGACACGGACACUCAGGGACGACUACCGGCGUGUGGAGAUGGACGCUCACCGACUCUGGACACAAACUCAGCCGGCGACCGCCUUCAGAUUUCCUCGGAUCUCAGGACGGUGACAGUGAGCGCUGUCCCCCAGGGUCGCCCCCAUCACCCACACCGCUUUGAUUUCUGUUACCAAGCCCUGUGCUCUGAGAGCUUCUCGUCGGAUCAACACUACUGGGAUGUGGACGUGGGGAGCGCGAAGUGGUAUCGGGUUGGAGUCGCGUAUGGGACGAUCCCACGGAAGGGGAGUGAUGAUGAGUGUCUCCUGGGAGGGAAUGACGUCUCCUGGUGUCUAAGGAACGAUGGCGACACAUUGUCUGUGCUGCAUGGCGGUGUAAAGAUCCCACUGUCGGUGCAGGAGCCUCAGCAGAGAGUCGGGGUUCAUCUGGACUGGGACGCGGGGAUGCUGUCAUUUUAUAAUGCCGACUCCAUGGAGGUGUUGCACUCGUUUCACCAAACAUUCACACAGCCCCUAUAUCCUGGGCUGGCAAUGUGGUGGGGUGGUGACUCAUUGAGGAUCGUGGAUCUGAGUGGUGCGUCCUGAGAGGUGAACGUGAACAGCACAGAGGGCAGACACCACGACGCAUGGCGCUCGCCACCCUCGUCACCGUCAUGCGCAGUGCCACGCCCGUGACUGGCUGGUGGCUGUCGGUGGCUAGAGGCUGCAUGGCUCUCCAUCACAACGGGGGGGGGGGGAGUCUGAGUGUAAACAAUGCUGACAACCUUCAUAAGGGAGGGGGUGAUAAAAUAUGUACCGCUCUGUUUGGGUGAAGCCAACGUCGAUGUUUUCGCCCUGCCAGAGGGGUGUGACUAUAGUGUAGGGAUGCAGUGAUUAGCAAUGAUGAACUGGGAUGUGUUUAUACACUGGUGGUGUCAUGGGUUGUGGGAGUGAUUCAACAACAAUAAUAAUAUGAUUUUAAAAAGUAUAAAUGUACGCUUACGCCAGUGGCAUUGUAACGCUUGUUUCGUCGGUUCUACAAUAAAAAGAAUACACAAUACUGUUGUAUAUAUAGGCCUUUUUCCCAAAAAAUAUAUUAAGAAUAAUUCUUCCAAUAUUUUUUUAAAAAUAAUAAUCGAUAAAAAUAAAUAAAUGAAACACCCUCAAAACUGCUACCUCCCACAAGCACCAAGUAUCUGGAGGUCGUAAAAGGCCAUUAAAUAAUAAACUCGGGGCAAAGGAAGGUUAGCGACUAUCUGGGAAAUCUCCAGAUUGUUAAAGGCCCGCAUGACAUGACCUCCCCGGACAUUUUGGACAGUUCACAAACAAAUCUAUGGAGCACAUAGCAGAGACAAACGGACAUUACAACUGGCGUUUUCUUUAAGGGUAAAAGUUCAAAACUCAGCAAAAAGAACAAAUCGACGUUAUAGACUGCAGUCUAUAUUUGUGGCUUUAUUAUUACUUAUUUUAUUUCACCCUUAUUCAACUCAUAUUUUUAUUUGUAUUAUAUCUUUCUAUCUAUGUAACUUCACCAAGAUUACCAAGGAAUGUGAAUUCUGGCAGUCAAGAAAUUGAGGGCUUGGCUAUUUCUCCAGCCUUGGGAUAUCAAAAUAUAACUAGAAUAAAACACUGAUCCUUGGUGACACAGACUUAUAACAAAACUUGGCAAACCCUCGAAAUAAUGGUGGUAACAACGAGGGGCAUUACUAAGCUUGGUUAAACAUGAAACAAAUAAUUACCCCGAGAUAUUGGACCGGGGGUAACUCAUAAGAGAUACAAGAAAAUAGGUCAAACACACAGGACCAAUAAAAAAUGUAUUCCAUAGGAAAAACCUCCCAGCCGCCUUUGUCUCCCAGAAGCAUGUGAUAGCAAUAAACCAGAAAGGAUUAGACAAAAUAUGACACCCGACCGCGAAGGAAGGUGCCAGGCCUUGAAGAAACAACUUAUUACCCCAAUAAAGUAGAACAAACACACACACGUACCCACAAAAGCAGGGGACACAAAUCUCCUCGGACGAGGGAUGACGAAACAGACAACGAUUUGUUUUUGUUGGUUAACUUUUUGCUUCUUCUAACAACGGUAAAAGUUCAAAACUUAGCGACGAGAAUAAGUGAACAUCAUAUACCCACAGACUCACUCCGAUUG